UGUAAAUAAUCACAAUCAGCGCGUCACCAACUAACCAAUGAGAAUUCAGCGCUCCCUUCAAUUUCUAUCCCAUCCACAACCAGUGUGGGAGUGGGGUAGUCGCGCUCAUAUUUAAUUCCGAAAUAAUUUGUUAAUCUGUGUAUACUCAAUUAUGGGGAAUACUCCGACUCACUAUAAAAGACGCUUUUCUGGAGACGUUUGUGGCAGACUCCCUAACUCAACACCACCUGGUGUCAGUGUUACUAUCCCUCCACCGAAAAAACGAAAUACUCAUAGUUUGACAGAUUUAUCACGUUCUGCUCCAGCCGAUUAUCCUAAUAAUGAAAUGUCAGUAAAUGACGACAAUGUUAGUCCUAAUGACAAAGAUGCAAUCUCAAUUGAUGAAGCUACGUCAAUGAUGCGAGCUACCAGUCUACGUGAACCUAUCAAUAUAAUCGAUGCUCAUGAUAAUCUUGAUGAUAAUAAUCGGUUAUACAAUGUGCUACCAUCUGACAAAAUGGUAACGUCAACAAUUUCUAGUGGUGAUGAGAAAAUUUCCAAUUUUCUUCAAGAAAGACCAUCUAGUGCAGGUCCAUUAUAUUCAACAGAUGAACAAAUAAUGUAUAAGCAUAGUCAACCACAAAUCAUUUUAAAUAAUGUUUCAAGAGAUCGUGCAAGAACUUUGCCAUCCAGGAAGUUGGUUGGCUUAAAACUUCCUACUGUUUUUCGAUGGAAUGGUGGUGGUAAAGAUAUAUAUAUUAGUGGAACUUUUAAUAAUUGGGAGAAAAGAAUCCCUAUGGUUAAAAGAAACUCAGGAGUUUACGUAAUUAUUGAUUGUAAACCUGGUAUUCAUCAAUAUAAGUAUUUCAUUGAUGGGGCAUGGUAUCAUGACCCAACUAAACCAACUGUAGAAAAUGAAUAUGGUACGAAGAAUAAUGUUGUUCAAGUCAGAUCAUCAGAUUUUGAUGUUCUACACGCGUUAGAACAUGAUCAAGCCAGUAGUCGAAGACGUUCAAAUAGUUCAGAAUCUAGCGAAGUAGACAAUUUGGGUGGUUACUCACCCCCUGGAGAAUAUGGUCGUUUUAUACCCGCAGAUAUAAGUGAGCUACAUAACAUAUCAACAUCAGUAUAUAGUCGACACAUGUCAAUCGCACCAGGUAAGGGGUCGCCACCUCAACCUCCCCUACUACCACCACAUUUGUUACAGGCUGUUUUACGUUAUUGCAAAACAUAGCAGUCCCAUGCACUCAUCACUGUAAAUUUGCACUAAAUAUGCAAAUGUGACGUAAUUUUAACUGAACUGUAUCAUGAAUUACCUUCAGUGGUUUAUAUACAAAGUUUAGAAUACAACCACCGACAAGAAGUCUCAGUUGACGAUAAUAUUUGGAAAUCCACCAUCUUAUAACUUAUUGUAACAGAAUAUUUCAAUAUGCCAAUAAGAAUUCCUUGUCUACAUUACUGCUUGUUCUUUUAUGGAAAAUUAAUUUCAGGGUAUUUUAAAUAUGGAUACAAACACCCAUUGUGAUCCUAAUCUGCUGCCGCAACCAAAUCAUGUAAUUGUCAACCAUCUAUAUGCCCUCUCGAUAAAGGACGGUGUAAUUGUGCUGAGUGUAAUCACACGCUUCAGGCAAAAAUUCGUGUCAACUCUUUUCUACAAACCGAUUGAAGGAUGACCGUUAUAUACAUAUCCUAAACUUGACUUCUUUUUGGUUACAAACAGUCCAUGAAUCCACAGUUGCAAUUCAUCUCUGAGUUACGAAUAUACGCUCAAAAUUUGUUUUUAGCCCUUUAUAGAUUUCAAAAAAAAGACUAUAUUGUUCUUUUGUAAUUUUUUAUGGGGAUAAGCAAUGAGAUU